GGAGAGGGAGAGUUGUACAUCGCUGGAUGUGUGUAUCCCUGCGCGCGAGGGCAACCGCGGAGCAGCGCGUCAUGAUUGGCUGAGCGCAGAGCGGACGCCCUGAUCCUCGUGCUGCGGACCGUAAAGGUUCAGCCACUUUUUCUAGUUGCUUAGUGGCUGCGGCUCCGUAAUUAAUUGUAGUUAUCUGUCUCCUAUUGAUGUGUAUGCGUGUGUGUGUGUGUAUGUAUGUGUGUAUGUGUGUGUGUGUGUGUGUAUAUGCGCGCGUGUGUGUGUUUCCUCUUUACCAAACGGAACAUGAGAUAGGUGCUCGGGCUGCGCGUGCUGUCUGCAGGCAGAGGCUCCGAGUUUGAAACCCAACUGAGUUCCUCCGUCGCUACGCUGCUGCCGUUCCCGGGCGAGGUGAUGCUGGACAUGGGCGAGCGGAAAGAAGUCAAAAUGAUCCCCAAAUCGUCGUUUAGUAUCAACAGUCUGGUGCCGGAGGCCGUGCAGAACGACAACAACAGCCAGCAGCACCACCAGCACCAGCACCACCCGCACCACCAGCACCACCAGCACCACCACAGCCACCGGGCAGCCGGCUCGGACGACGCCGACGAGAAGGCGUCUCUGCCCGCCGUGCAGCCGGACAGCAAACCGGAGCCUACCGUUUGUACCACGAAGAGUGACAGCUCCACCGCGGAGCCGGAGGACAAGGAGAAACCGGACGAGAAGAAGGACGCUGACGGAACCACCACCGGCGGGAAGGACGGCGACAAGAAGAGCGGCAAGUACGAGAAGCCCCCGUUCAGCUACAACGCGCUCAUCAUGAUGGCGAUCCGCCAGAGCCCCGAGAAGCGGCUCACGCUGAACGGCAUUUACGAGUUCAUCAUGAAGAACUUCCCGUACUACCGCGAGAACAAGCAGGGCUGGCAGAACUCCAUUCGCCACAACCUCAGCCUGAAUAAAUGUUUCGUCAAAGUCCCGCGACACUACGACGACCCGGGUAAGGGGAACUACUGGAUGCUGGACCCCAGCAGCGAUGACGUUUUCAUCGGCGGGACGACCGGUAAGCUGCGGCGGAGGUCCACCACCUCGCGGGCCAAACUGGCCUUCAAGCGGGGCGCGCGGCUCACCUCGGGGCUGACGUUCAUGGACCGGGCCGGGUCUCUGUACUGGCCCAUGUCCCCGUUCCUCUCCUUGCACCACCCCCGCGCCACGAGCGCCCUGAGCUACAACGGUGGGUCCCCUGGCUAUCCCAGCCACCCCAUGUCCUACAGCACAAUGCUGGCCCAGAACAGCCUCGCCAACAGCCACCCCUUCCCCUCCGCCGGCUCCGCAGGCGGCCUCAGCGUGGACCGCCUCGUCAGCGGAGACAUACCGUACGCGACGCAUCACCUCACGGCCGCGGCUCUAGCGGCCUCCGCCGUGCCAUGCGGCCUUUCCGUGCCUUGUUCGGGAACAACGUAUUCCUUAAACCCGUGUUCGGUCAACCUGCUAUCCGGUCAGACGAGCUACUUCUUCCCCCACGUCCCCCACCACCCGUCCAUGACCUCGGCACAGGGUGGGAGCUCCAUGCAGAGCGCCCGGGCUUCGGCGUCCAAUUCCCCGCAGGCGCCCUCCGCCUCCUCGCUGUCCUGUGACUCUCUAGUGCGGCCCUCGCUCCCCGCCUUCUCCUCGGGUCUGUCCUCGGGUCUGUCCGGGGGCCUGUCCGGUGGUCUGUCCGGGGGUCUUUCCGGGGGACUCUCAGACUAUUUCACUCACCAGAACCAGGGCUCCAGCUCGAACCCGCUUAUACACUAACCGCCCCCCCCCUCUGGAAGGAAGAGAUGAACUGUAAGUUAAACACAUUAUGAACUUUUAGAAUGUAAAGAACAAGACAAUACGACAAACUAAAAUGAAAGCAACGAAAAUAUUAUAACUACCUAGAUACACACACACGCACACACACAAACAACACACGACACACACACACACACACACACACACACACACACACACACACACACACACACACACACACACACACACACACACACACACACACACACACACACACAAAAACAAACAAACACAAACACACCUACAGACACACACACAAGCACACACACACACACACACACACACACACACACGCACACACACACAAACACACACUGGGACAGCAGAGUGUUUCCUACGGCUACAGGUAUUUUAUAAUGUGUGUGUACAUACUGUGUGUGUAUAUAGGCUAAUGUGCGUGCGUGCGUGCGUGUGUGUGUGUGUGUGUGUGUGUGUGUGUGUGUGUGUGUGUGUGUGUGUGUGUGUGUGUGUGUGUGUGUGUGUGUGUGUGUGUGUGUGUGUGUAUGUAAGUGUGUGUGUGUGUGUGUGUGUGUGUGUGUGUGUGUGUGUGUGUGAUAUAUAAUGUCUAAGUGUCCGGCUUGAUUUCUAGUUCUGUCUGCCACGUGAAUGUAAUUUGGGAAGAAAAAGUAAAAAAAAGUCUGUGAGCGGAGAGUAGAGUAGAGGAGGCAGGGGAGGUAGAGUGUGUGUUUAAUAGUCCGCAGAACUGUUUCAUUCUGAUAUCAAACUCAAAGAACAACUGAAGCGUACCGCGCGCCGGCCCACUGUCUGCAGUAUUACCGACAAAACAUUUAAUUAAGAAUAAUUUAACACUCGUUUUUAUCUGUUUCUAAUUCAUUUUCUACUUCGUUCUGUUUUUGGUUGAUUACUAAAAGAAAAAAGAGCAGAGAGCCCGAGAGAUUCAUUCAGACUCCGCCUCGUAGACCAAAGACUAGGUCUAGGUACUUCAUCAUAUUCAUGAUAAUAUUCAUGAUAAUAUCCAUCAGAAUAUUCAUAUUAAUAAUCAUGAUGACAGAGCAGGUUGGCCGUCUCGAGAACUCAUAUAUUCCGUUUAUUGGCGACAGGCCGUAAAGUAGGAGCGAGGCCGGCGGCGAAUGAACCCGUGAAUGGAGUAACGUUGGAUGGAUGGAUUUGUGAAUGAAUGAAUGCCUCCUAGCCGGUGACGCGCUUUCUUUGCUGUAACGUGAUCACCAAAAGGUUCACGCUCUUUUUGUAUACUUGCUGAACUUGUCUUGUUGUGCUCCACUGGUUCCUUUAGAAAGUGUUUCUGCUAAAUGUCUCCGUGCUGUUUCACUGUGCUGUUGUUCUCCUGUGUGUCGCUUACCAAGUCAAAUACUGUUUUAAUCGACUUAAGAAUAAAUAAUAGGUUACGUUCAUAA